AUGCCCUCCUCCAGGGCAUCUUCCCAACUCAGGGAACCAAACCUGGGCCUCCUGCGGCUCCUGCAUUGCAGGCGGAUUCUUUACCUCGGAGACACCGGGGAAGCGCAGGAGGACGGUGACCCUGUAGUGAAGGAGUCUUGGAGACACAAAUGGCCGAAACAUAGGAAAAGCCACCAGAGCAGGCGACUCGUUUUAUCCAAGGAGAGAGAGACGCUCUUAGGGUAUAAGCAUGUGAGCUGUAUCUUAGAGGAUCCAUAUUAUAAAAUCCUGGCAUCAUUCAUAGACACAGAAAGUAGAGCAGGGUUACCAAGGGCUGGAGGGAGGGGCCAUGGCAGUUAG